AACGCAAACACGCAUAGCAUGACUACAAUACCCCAUCAUUGGUCUAUGGCUGAGGCGGUGACUAUACUCAGUGCUUAUAGCACCUUAUGGUACGGCUUAAUAAAAAGAGCUAAUAUUAAGCGAGGGGAGAGCAUAUUGAUUCACUCGGCGGCUGGAGCUGUGGGACAGUCGGCUAUAAACAUGUGUCUCCACUACGGGUGCGAUAUCUAUGUGACGGUUGGGACGGAAGAAAAGAAGGACUUCCUUACGAAGGAGUAUAACAUUCCUGUGAACCGGGUAUUCAACUCAAGAGAUACUCUCUUCAAGAAUCAAAUAAUGGAUGCGACGAAUGGAAAGGGAGUCGAUAUUGUGAUUAACUCCCUGUCCGGUGAUAAAUUGGACGCCAGUAUUGAAUGUUUGGCCAAAAAUGGUCGCAUAAUAGACGUCGAAAAAUAUGAUAGAUUUGGUGAAAGGAAUGCAAACUAUGUUGUCAAGAACAAUUUGCAGCUGAUCAUGGCACAUUUUGAUAACGACAUUGAAUUUCUGAAUGAGUUUUACGAUUGGAUGCAUAAGAACUGUACGAAUGGUUGCGUAAAACCAAUCAAUUAUACGGUAUUUAAUGCCUCGGAGGCCGAGAAGGCGUUCCGAUUCAUGACAACCGGUAAACACAUCGGGAAAGUAGUCCUCAAAAUGAGAGACGAAGAGAUGGACAGACAGCCCCUGAAAGCCAUUAAACCGGCCGUCGAUAUGAUGGUUACGGUUAAGACGCGUUUCAAUCCAAACAAAGUCUAUAUAAUCACCGGUGGAUUAGGCGGUAUGGGCCGGGAGAUGAUACCAUGGAUGCAAAAAUUAGGGGCCAGAAAAUUUAUGGUCACGUCUCGCACGGGUAUCCAAAACAAUUACAUCGAGUUUGUGGUCAAUCGCUUCCGAAAUGACAGACACUAUUCGUCCGAUUGGUUGGUGUCGACCGCCGAUUGUGUGACAACCGAAGGCACACAACAACUCCUAAAAGAGGCCCAAAAGUUAGGGCCCAUUGGAGGGGUAUUUCAUUUGGCUGUCAACCUAUCGGACGGUUUUGUAGCGAACCAUACGAUCGACACGUUUGGCGUAACGAUUGACGUAAAGGCAAAGAUUUUGGUGAAUUUGGAUCAACUGAGCCGCCAAUUGACCUACGAAUUGGACUAUUUUGUCGCAUUCACGUCGAUCGGCACCGGAAAAGGUACCGCCUCGUUGACUAACUAUGGCUACGCGAACUCCGUGUGUGAGCGUAUUUGCGAGGCGAGGCGUCGGGAUGGUCUACACGGCCUGGCUGUACAGUUAGGGCCCAUCGGUGAUGUGGGCAUGGUUGAAUACUUGCAGCACCGGGAUGAAAUAUAUCGAGUGACCGCUUUAAAACAAGUGAACGCCCAUUCGUAUUGCCAUUUGUUGGACACAUUGUUGGCUAUUAAUACACCAGUUGUCACAGCAUUUGCGUAUCAAGAUACUAAACUGGCGACCCAUGGCACCAGACAAUCGCGCAUGGUGGAGGAUUUAUGGCAUCAAUUAGGCAUCGACCCUGAUUCUACGCCAGACACGGUUACAAUUGGUGAUAUAGGCGUCGAAUCGUUAUUCGCUGUUGAAAUACAGUACGAGUUCGAGCGGCAAUGGCAUAUCCAGGCUAGUUUAUAUCACGUUCGAACUAUCAAUAUCGGAAUGCUAAAAGAUUACGGGCACGGUGACUAUCUACCGUUAAAAAGUCACAUUGAUGCCAUGGUAUCGUUAUCCAGCGCCCUGUCCAACCAAGUGUUUAUCUUAGCUAGCGACAAAUAUACCAAGCUUAAUAAUAUUGAAACCGGACGACCCAUUUAUAUUAUGCCGACGUUAACGGCUAACUUUUCGGCGUUCGCCGAUUGGGCCCAAAGACAUGAUCGUCCCGUAAUCGGGCUUAACUGGACCCGCGGGUUGAACAAACUGAGCUCGCUCACUGAGGUAAACGGGCAUUUCGAAAAAUUACUUCAUCACCUGGAGCCUAAUGGCGCGUUCGACGUGGACUACUUUCCCGAUGUGUUUACCGGUUGUCAUGAAUCGGAACGCCUUCUCGGCCUCCGAGGCAUUAAAUACCGUAUAAUUGAUUGGUUUGACGCAACCAUUCGUACAGUUCUUAUGCAUCCAAUCGUAAAACUCAUUCAGGAAUUCAAAGUCCUCAUUGGAAUGUGCCAUGAUCAGUUGCAUAUUGUGCUUAACAACAUAGUUUGCAUUCCGUUUACCAAGUCUAUCAUACUUUUCAACGUCUAUUAUGCGACCAUUUUUAGCCAAACAGUCAAUACUAGCGCCCAGUUUGUCACCGGACAGGGAGUUAAUCACAAUAUCGACUCCCUUUCCGUUCGUCACAUCCAUUAUGUGAUUCUUGAAGAGAGUAUCUCUUGA